GAGCCAGUGUGCAUGAACUGCUGAAGCCCCCAGGCGAGUACUUCACUCUCUGUGACAUUGAGGAGGGCCUGGUACGGCACAAGCCCUUGGUGCUCUUCAUCACCCAUGGCGAGUCCUCCACGGGGGCGCUGCCGGCACCGGAGGGGCUGGGCAAGCUGUGCCACCGGCAUGGCUGCCUGCUGCUUGUGGAUGCCGUGGCAUCGCUCGGGGGAGCUCCCAUCUUCAUGGACCAGCAGGAGAUCGACAUCCUGUACUCUGGGUCUCAGAAAGUCCUCAACGCCCCCCCUGGCAGCGCACCCAUCUCGUUCAGUGAGCAAGCCAGGGAGAAGAUUCUAGGCAGGAAGUCAAAGCCCCCAUCCUUCUACCUGGACAUGCGUUGGCUGGCAAACUACUGGGGCUGUGAUGGAGAGCCGCGAAGGUAUCACCACACGGCACCAAUCAACAGCUUCUUCAGCCUGCGAGAAGGCUUGGCCAUGCUGGCAGAGCUGGGUUUGGAGAACUCUUGGGAGCACCACCGGCUCAACUGUGCCCAGCUGUGCCAGGGGCUGCAUGACCUGGGGCUUGAGCUCUUUGUGAAGGAGGAGAAAGCAAGACUUCCCACCAUCACCACUGUCAGGGUGCCUGAGGGCUAUGACUGGAAGGAGAUCAUAGCCUUUCUCAUGGACAACCAUGCCAUUGAGAUCUCUGGGGGCCUGGGCCCCUCAGUGGGCAAGGUCCUGCGAAUCGGCCUCAUGGGCUGCAACUCGACCAGCAGCAACGUGGACCGUGUGCUGCACGCCCUUCAAGAUGCCCUGAGGUGCUGCUGCCGCCGCAGCAGGCUGUGA